UAAUUGGACGGAGUCCAUGAGAGCAGACGAUUCCCGGUUGAUACAAGAAAUAUGUAUUUAAAAAGUUGUCUGUGUCCGUCAGAUUGUCAUGAUUAAAACGCGAAGUCUUACAAUAUUUUUGAACCCGUUCCACGUAUAGAAUAACAUAAUGAAUCAUUUAAUUAUCUUGGUGGCUUUAGUACAUUUAUUGUACUGUCCAUUUACAAAAGUGGAAGAAAGUUUCAAUCUACAGGCUAUGCACGACAUUUUAUACCAUGGUUUUAACCUGUCGGAGUAUGAUCAUCAUGAAUUUCCUGGAGUUGUGCCACGAUCGUUCAUGGGACCAAUUAUAAUAUCAGGCUUGGCAUCACCAUUAAUAGCAAUCAUUAAUUAUUUGCAACUUAAUAAAUUUUUUGCUCAAUACGUUGUAAGAGCAACAUUGGGCUUGUUAGUAAUAGGCACAUUGAAGCUAUAUAAAGAUGCUUUACAAAGCAUAUUUGGUUUGCAAUUUACAAAAUGGCUUGUUGCAAUUAUUGUGACACAAUAUCACUUUAUGUACUAUCUAAGUCGUCCAUUGCCAAAUAUAAUGGCUAUGCCACUAGUGCUACUUGCUUUAUAUGGAUGGUUGAAACAAAAUCACAUGAUAUUUAUUUGGUCAUCUGCAGCAGCAAUAAUAAUAUUCAGAGCAGAACUUGCCAUGCUACUGGGAUUAUUCCUUUUGUACGAUAUAGCCAACAAGAAACUAACCAUACUAAGACUGUUUAAAAUUGCGAUUCCGGCCGGUAUAUUUUUUCUAACGCUAACGAUCACAGUAGACUCUAUAUUUUGGAGACGAUUAUUAUGGCCUGAAGGAGAAGUAUUUUACUUUAACACUAUCCUUAAUAAAAGCAGCGAAUGGGGUACAUCGCCAUUCUUGUGGUAUUUUUACUCAGCUCUGCCUCGUGGGUUAGGUUUAUCUUACUUUUUAAUACCUUUGGGUAUGUUAUGGGAUGCACGAGUUCGAGCAUUAACAGUUCCUGGUAUAGCAUUUGUUGCAUUGUUCUCAUUUUUACCACAUAAAGAAUUGAGGUUUAUCAUAUAUGUCUUUCCACUGCUAAAUGUUAGUGCUGCAGCCGUUUGUCAUAGAAUAUGGGAAAACAGAGGGAAAAGUCCAUGGAAUGGAAUUUUAGCACUAAUAAUUUUAGGCCAUCUAGUUUUAAAUGCUCUAUUUUCUAUGUUUCUUUUAUGUGUUGCUGGUUCUAACUAUCCUGGUGGUUUAGCUAUUGCUAAAUUACAUAGACUCGAAAAAGAUUCUAUCAACCCAGUGCAUAUACACAUUGAUAUUCUAACUGCACAAACAGGAGUUUCAAGAUUUACGCAAACAAAUAGUUCUUGGAUUUAUUCAAAACAAGAAAAUUUGACUAUUGACAGUCCUGAAAUGCUUCAAUUUACACAUCUUUUAAUGGAAGCCAAAAGUAAAUACUCACCCAAUAUAAAACCAUAUCUUAAAACACACGAUAUCUUAGAUUCUGUAGAUGGUUUUUCUCAUAUAGCAUUAAAUUAUAAUAUGUUACCACCAAUAAAGAUAAAAACUAGACCAAUUAUAUUUAUCAUGAAAAGGAAGCCUAAUAUACGAUAUGAUCCCAAGAAAGCAACACCGCAGACAGUUUUGAAACAGUCAAAGGAAAAUGCUACAAAGAAAAGCAUGGGCAGCAAGGACGUCAUAAAUGACACUGUACAAGAUAUGGAACCAAUAUUGGAUGAAAUAAUGGAAUCGUUAGAGCAAUUUGAAAAACCAUUAAAUAUUAAUGAUGUAAAUAUAUUAAAUUUAGAAGUAUCAGAAGAUGAAUUAAAUAACAAAACAAACGAACCUACUGAACUCAUUGAAUCAUUAAGCACAGAAAAGUUUCCUAAUAACAUAUCUGAGAAUAAAUUAUCACAGUUACACACAUCAAUCAACGAAGAAAACCUACAAACCAUACCAAAGUUACAAAAUGAUAUCAUGACUGAAAGCAAUACUGAAUUGCAACCUGAUGUUGAGAAUAAUUCUAAUAUUAGUGAACAAAAAUUGGAUAUAAAGGAAGAAGAAAAUAAAAAGAUAGAAGUAGCUAAAGAAAGAUUAAAACUUGAUAAUGUUCAACAAGAUGGUAGUAUUUUAAAGGAAGUUGUUAAAAAACUUAUUCAAGAAAAACUGGAGGCAGUUAAAUUAAGAAAAGAUGUAAUAGACGAGAAAGUAUUACCAGAAAUUCCACAGAAAAUUAAUGCUAAAAUGAAAAGAAUAAUUCCAAUAAAAAUAGAGUCAUCACAAAAGAUAAAAAUUAUAACGAAGCAAGACUUAAAAGAAAAAUAUUCGGUGAUUCAAGAAUUAAAAGAAAAACCUGCAAUAGCUCAAGAGAUGAAAGAAAAGCCUGUAAUAAUUAAAGAAAUAAAAGAAAGACCUAUGAUAAUUCAAGAGACAAAAGAAAAACCUAUGAUAAAGCAAGAACUAAAAGAAAAGUCUGCAGUAAUCCAAGAAACAACAGAUCAACAUAAACCACUUAAUAUGAAAGAAAGCAUCAGAAAUAUAAUCAAUCAAUUUAAAGAAUUCGAAAAAGAUUUUGUACAUGAAGAUUCAGAAAUAGAUAAAAAAGAAUUAGCUGUUAAAUAUAAUGAGCAACCUACAGAAACAAGUACAAAAAAAGCAGAAGAUUUACUAAGAAUAGAUAUUAUGACAGAAAGUAGAGGUGUAAAAACAAUCAAAGAUGCCAAAGAAAGUCUACGGGACAUAAUAAAUCAGUUUAAACAAAUAAAAAGCGAAUUAACUUCAGAAGAAGACGAUCUAUUUGAAAAGAUUGAAGCUACAUAUAUGGAACGACCAAUUGCAGAAACGUUAAUGCAGUUUAGUGAAGCUUUAAAAAAUUUAGUACAACGAAGAAAAAAAAUAUCACGAAGAUGCCACAACUGUUAUUUUGUAUGUAUACUUGUUACAAAGAAAAAUUCAAAUUAAAAAUUUAGAUAUUUAACAGUAGAAGUUUACAUAUUUAAUAUUAACAUGUAUGUAUAUAGUAAUUGUUUUGUGUAUUGUAAAAAUAUCUUAUUAAUUUUUUAUAUGUUUAGAUGUUAACAUAUUUAUCUAUAUAUUACAUUAUUUGAUAUAAAACUAAUAUUUACCAAUGCAUGUUUUAAAAAAAAGAGCAUAAUUCUAUUAUUCACCCUUAACUGUUUACAAUUUUGCUAAACUGCCUUAUGAGAAUGGUAUCAUUAUUUUCUUUUUUCUAUCCUAGCAUUUAAAUUUUGCUUUCUCAUAUCCUGUGCUUUUCCUGUUGUAGCUAAGACAUUACUGUAUCUUAUGUUACUUAAGUUUAUUUCUUUAAUCAUAUUCUCAUCAGAUAGAGUUUAUCAAAAAAAGAAAGUACAUUCAUUUCCAUAUUGGUAUUUGCAGAGCAUUCAAGUGCCUUACAGUCUCUUCCAAAUUCUAUAUGUUGUAAAAUAUUAAAAAAUUAUAUGUAUACAUGUAUAACAUACUAUGUAUUAAUAUUUUGCAAUAAGUAAAAGUGAUUUAAUAUCAAAACUGUAAAUUAAUACCUAAUAUUACUAUUUCAAUCAUUGAUAAUCAAAUAUGGCCAAAUUGCAAUUAAAGAUUUUAUUAAAGAAAAUUAUACAAUUAAUCAAUGUUAAAUUUUUUUUAUUGCAAUAAGUUUCUUAUAAUUCUAUGAAUAUUUCUCGAGUAAUAUCUUUAUUCCUUUAAAUGAUUGUAUUGUGCAAUACACAGUAAAUGCUACAAUGAUCCAAUAUACCACUUUAUCUCGUGUACCACACUUUAAAUACACAGGAAGAUUAUCUUCACACUGUUUAAAUAAAUGGAAAAUAAUUAUAUAUAAA